AAUCAGAAUGUGUAUUAUUUGUAAAUAUCAAUUUUAUUAGUCUAUAAUUUUUGUUUUGUGCCGUUUUUCAUCAAACAAUCAUGCUUAUUUUCUGACCCGAAAAUAUUUCCAACAUUGUUCCCAACUUACAUAUGUAUGUAUUUCGUCCACAGUUUUACUAUUCACAAGCAGUAAAUUAUAAUUUUUUCACUAAAAGUACAACACAGUAUACCAACAAAAAAAAAACGAUCCCUCCAUUCACACACGCCUAAUCAAAUUUUCUUUAUUUCUCUCUUGCCAUACAAUUUCUUAAAAAAAACCCAGCUGGAACGUUCCGCUAGCUUGGUUCAGGAUGCCGAAAGUGGUGUUGUACGCAAGAUACCAAAGAAGAGUGCAACCCAUAUCACCAUGCGCAUUUUGAUGCAGGCCUUUACGAUGACCUUCCUGGCCGAAUGGGGCGAUCGUUCGCAACUAACCACCAUUAUUUUGGCCGCCAGCAAGAAUGUCUAUGGCGUCAUUACCGGCGGUAUUAUUGGCCACUCCAUCUGCACCGGUUUGGCUGUAAUCGGUGGACGUAUGGUGGCCGCUAAAAUUUCUGUGCGCACUGUUACAAUACUCGGUGGCAUUGUAUUUAUAGGGUUUGCAGUGUAUGCUUUGAUUGUAAAACCAGACGAUAUUUAAAGUGCAACUUAAACAAAAAAAAAAAAAAUGGAAAUUCAUGUGCGAAAUGACGAAGAUAAACGCAACGGAAAUAUGCAGCAUCAAAAAUAAUUUACUUUAGUUUCAUACUAACAAACCAAUUCUAUAUUUUUUACAAAGUAAAGUGCUCAAAGUGUUUUAAUAGUUUUCACUUAUUUUUUUUGUUUCAAAUUUAUUUAGAUAAUUUUAUAAGAUACCGAACUUUAACAAGUAAAGUGCCUUCCUUUUGCCAUUUAGAAAAUUAUUUAUUCAAAGAGUUCACAAAAACUGCAGAAAAAUGUGCUAAAGCAAUAUGCAACCAUGACAUUUUUAGUUGGUUUUUAACAUAAAAUUGGCGCGCAUUAAUUAUUCGAAAUUCGUUCAUUUGUAAUUCGUUUCGAAUUGCUGCAUAGCUCUUUCUUAUGAUGCACUUAAAUAUACAUUUAUAAGUUGUUACUAUUUGCCAAUAUUACUUAAUGUAAAACAGUCUGUGUUGCUUACUCUUACAAUACAUGUUGUGUAAAUAAGCUCAGCGUGUGUAACAAAAGUUAUAUAAAUUUCAAAAAAAAAAAAACGAAAUAAAUAAUCACUGACUGUAUAAGCAAUCAAAUCCUACCUACUACUGAAAUGUUUUGUAAAUCCGCUCGAAGAUGCAAUUGACAAAAUUGC